AGAAAGCUGAUGUUCGGUGAGAUGUUACAGGAGAAAGAGACCCUUUAGAGUCUGACAAUUACAAGUGGUGGACUUUUAUCAGGCUUCCUUCACUGGAAUACAGCUUCCUGUCCUGAAGAAGGCAGAAAAGAAGGCUUGGCCUAGGCUUCCCACAGGCCACCUGUUAGACUGACUCCCCAAGGAAGAUUUUUUGAAUACUUGGCUGCAAGUUCCUACAAAGAUUGUACAGUGAGUAAUCUCAUUGAAGUCAGUGACUCAACUCAUCGCAUGAAGUUCAGCACACAUACAAACGGUGCGGUGUGGCUUUCUCAGAACAGCAGCAAUCAGAGAAUAGGUAUUUAAGUCUUAACAGCAGCCUGUACUUGCAUCCCAAAGUGAAAAUGACCCAUGGUCUCGGUUUUUAAUCAAGUACGGCAGACCUCUGCUCGAGCGUAAAGUAAAAAAUCAGGACUUUCUUUUUGCUGCUGGGAGUGAUUUUAACGUUUCCAGGCUUGCGUAUGCUGGUGCUUUGCUCUGAUCGUUGCAGAUUUGCAUGUUGUCCCCUCUAAUUUCAUGUUGCCACCUCCCAAUCAGAUACAUACAGAACAGUUUGCAUUAUACGCUUCCACUUCCAAUUGACAUCAAAGUUUUUGAAAGUCUUUUUUCCCAAAGGACCACUUACAGACAUCUCCAUUUCUGUUACUCUUAAGAUAUUUCGGUGCCUUUGUCUGGGAAGUAUCUUCAUCUCUACACAGGAAUUUGUAGCUUAUUGGUUUGCUGGUUUUUCAUUUUGCUUACUUUGUGCAGACACUUGGGAAGAAAACUGGCCUUAUCGUUUGCUACAGCUAGCUUGUGGCAGUGUGGAACUUGUUGCUGAUUUUCUUUCCGCUUGCCAGCAAAGGAUUUUAAACGUUUAUCUGGCUUAGUUUCACACCAUGGUGCAGAAUAUGGUUUGUCUAUAGCUGGUAUCUUUCUCCACCGUGGCAGUGCAGGAGCAGGGCCCCACUGUGCUGGGUGUUUCGUGAGCCCAGGGCAGUUGUUCCUAGAGCUUUAAUCCACAGAAACAAGGGAGAGAAAGGUGAGGCUGGGCGGCGAGCAGAGUUCUAGUUUGCAAGUAUUACAUCAGCUCCAUUGCCUGUUUACUUAAAGGUAUGUGCAUUGCAGAUCGUUUGACAUUAUUAUCAUUAUUACUGUUUCUAUAAAUGACUUGGAACAUCGUGCCGUUACGUUCCUGGAUAGAUGUAUCCUCUGGUUUUGUAUUCCACUUGGUAUUUUCCUUAGGUCGCAAAGUAGGCAAUGAGAGAUGAGCUGCCUUCCACAGGGAAAGAGGAAAAGCUGCUCUGAGCAAAGGCCUGUUGUGCUUUUCUGCCAAGCCUUUGCAGAAGAUAUUGUUAACGAAGUAACAGCCCUCUGACACUGGGAGUGUUGUGUGAAGACUUCUGACGCCAAGGAUUUAUAAAUUUGAAGUUCUGGUGGUAGAUCAUGGGGAACCACGUAGGAAAACGAGAACAUAGUGCUGACAAGUCAACCAAGAAUGCUGAAACCAAGGUGGAAGAGGCAGCUAAAGAGAGUCCAAAAGCAGCAAGACUAACACAGCAGUCUUCAGAGGACAAUGAAGUAUUUGGAGAGGCAGAUGUGAACCAGAACAAUGGGACCUCCACGAAGAGCCCAGCGGUGACAGACUCCAAAGGCACAGCAGACCCGAAGAAUGCCUGGCCCGAGGCCAACCCAGCUGACACGAGCGGUCGCCCCCACUUGAUCCGCCUCUUUUCCCGAGAUGCCCCAGGAAGAGAAGACAACACCUUCAAAGAUCGGCCCUCCGAGUCAGACGAGCUACAGACCAUCCAAGAGGACAGUGCAGCAGCUUCAGAGAAUUCGGAUUUGAUGGCUUCGCAAAAACGCUCCUCGUUCCGGCACGGAUCAAAAAUGGCCUCUGCAAGCACUACAGACCACGCUCGACAUGGAUCUCCAAGGCACAGAGACUCGGGUCUACUUGACUCGCUGGGCAGAUUCUUUGGAGGUGAAAGACACGUUCCCCGGCGGGGCUCGGGCAAGGAUAUACACGCAGCCAGGGCCAGCCACGUAGGGUCCAUCCCCCAGAGAUCUCAGCAUGGCCGGCCUGGUGAUGACAACCCCGUAGUCCACUUCUUCAAGAACAUUGUCUCACCCCGUACCCCUCCUCCAAUGCAAGCAAAGGGAAGAGGAUUAUCCCUCACCAGAUUUAGCUGGGGUGGUGAAGGACACAAGCCAGGAUACGGAGGAAGUGGAAAAUUCUAUGAGCAUAAAUCUGCUCACAAGGGACAUAAGGGAUCCUAUCAUGAGGGCCAAGGCACUCUUUCCAAAAUCUUUAAACUGGGAGGCUCUGGUUCCCGACCUGGAUCGCGGUCUGGUUCACCAGUUGCGAGGCGCUGAAGCUCUAAGAUGCCACUCAAGGAUCAUGUACUCUGCUUCAUAACGUAACAGCCUUAAGAUUAAUAACAACUGUGAGAAUUACCUAGUUAGAUGCAAUCCAUUACUUAAUGCCAAUUAGGUUCUGCAUGCAGUAGAUUACACAAACUUCUAUUGGCAAUCCCUGACCAACAGUUGAAUGAAAGAAACACACAGAGUAGCUUUACUAGAAGUUUUCCUUAUUUUUAUGUAAAGUAACAAGAUCUCUUGACUUUACUUAUUCUUCUUCAGGAUGCCCUAACUGUACGCUGAACUUCAUUAUUUCUCCCAUGCCCUUAAUUUGAGCUCGAGUCUUCUGGUUUCAUUUUACUGAACAUCAGAAUUGCAAAUAAAGAGCUAACGUCUUGGAUACUGAGCACUGCUGUUAAGGAAUUUCUGAGACGCUGCUGUAAAAAAAAAAAAAAAAAUCCACCAUGUGCAGAAGUUGUAAGGACUGUUUAUCCAAAUACUUUUUUUAAUUUGGGAUUUUUGUUUGGUUUUUGUUUUGUUUUAAUCUUCCUUCUCUCACUCACAGAAAAAUUUAUUUUCAUAACAGGAUUAGGCAGUCAUGGAAAGGUUUACCAAACAUUGGGAGUUCAAGGUAUGUGAAAUGUGGGAGGGGGCAGAUGUUGUAGAAUCAAUACGAUGCAGAGCAACUGUAAUAAGGAAAUGCUUUCCAUACCAAAAAUUGCUCGUCGCAUCCAAACCAUUAGAAUUAAGAGCAGAUGAGGGAGAGAAAGAGGAUUUCAAAUUUGAGUUAGACUAAUGUUAAGAAACAAGGGAUAUUCCCAGCAACGAAACAUCUAAGAUCGCACAUGUGACCACCGGACGUCACUGUUGCUCCACAUGAACUCUGCUGCAGCAGCAUUAACUUUGCAGUAAAAUAAGUAAGUAAAAACAAACAUAUACAUAAAUAAGUCUAAUUUCUGAAAGAGAGCCCUUCAGUACUGGUAUCUCAGAUAGUCCUGCACAUCUCACGAUAGAAUUUCAAACCUAGUUCUUGGUAUUGCAGCAGCGUUGGAUUCGGUUGGCUCAGCUUUUGCCUGAAUAACAUCUGGAUGCCUGUUCAGGGCAGUGCACCAAAGCCGACUCAUAGUAAAACUACUGUGAAUGUUUAACUGUUGUACUGUAGUUGCCUUAUAGAAAUAAAUUAUAGCUGAGUUAGAUUUAGAUAUUAAUUGUUCACAAAUAACUAAAAUGAAUGUGUGGCGAUGGUAUUUCCAGCCACAUAGAGAAAUACAAGGCUCUUCUGAAUUGCACUGUUUUAUUACUUAAACUUACCGUUCCUUCAAGCUAUCAUCUAAGUGUCUUAAUUAAUUCUUUUCUUUUUUUAGUUUUAGCCUAUGUGUUGUAGACUACAGUUAAUGCUUCCCAGGCUGAAACUGCAUCUAUAGUAAGUGCCCAGUAAAAGUCACCUAUAAACGUGUAUGUUAAUUCCAUUUCACAUCUAGAUCUAUUUUAGGUUUCUAUUCAGCGUCUAUUAAUACAAAGCAGUGGAAGAUGAGAGGAUAGAAAAUACAUAGAGAUUAAAGAAAA